GUAGUAGUAGGAGGAGGAGGAGGAGGAGGAGAUCAUCUUUGGUGAAAGCAAGUUAACGUUACGUGCAGACUCACUCAGGAAGAGGACACAAUCACAUUUCACAUUCUGAAUCUAGCUAGCUAACAUAACUUAUAAAGCCUGAAUGGAUCUUGCCGAACAGAUCAACCAGUUGGAGGCAGAUUUGCUGGAGCUGGGUUCACUCCUGGAGAAGGCAGAGAGGAAAAGAGUGCAGGAGCUGCUAAAGCAGGAGCAGCAGAAGGUGGAGAAGGAGCUUUCAGUCAAACGACAACAGAAGGAGAAACAAGCCAUGAGAGAAGCAGACCGCCCUGCUGCCUCUAAAGCAGCGUACACAGUCAAGAUCAACAGCUAUGCGUGGGACCAGUCAGAGAAAUUUGUCAAAAUUUACCUUACAUUGAAGGAUGUACACAAAAUUCCAUCAGAAAAUGUGGAGGUCAACUUUACAGAAAGGUCAUUGUCUGUGUUGGUAAAGGAUCUCGAUGGAAAGAACCAUCAGAUGACAAUUCUCAACCUGUUAUAUGCAAUCGAUGAAAAGGACAGCUAUAAAAAGAUAAAAACAGACAUGGUCCUGGUCAUGUGCAAGAAACAGGCAACAAAGAAGUGGGAGUGCCUAACAACAGUGGAAAAGCAGUCAAAAGACAAAGAUAAGCCCAAUAUUGAUGAGAGUGCAGACCCCAGCGAUGGACUGAUGACCAUGCUGAAGAAGAUUUACUCGGAGGGAGACGACGAGAUGAAGAGAACCAUCAACAAAGCCUGGUCAGAGUCCCAAGAGAAGAAAAUUCGAGGAGGAGAAGACAUGAUGGACAUCUGAACUGCCCUCGCUGCAUGUCCACAGCAGGACCAAGUGAGAGCUGCCAGGGAUGCACCUGACAUGACUUGAAUAUUAAAUGUUACGUGGAUAUUUCAACAAAAUCUAUAAAUUCAGUGUACAGCUCAUAAAUAAAGGUUCAGGAUUAAUGUCUAAGUCCCGGAAGGCCUCAUUUUGCCCCUGCUUUGAAAAUCAGGCUGCCGAUGUUCUGAGAGUCAUAGACCAUGAAGGCGUGGAAAAUAUGUGUACAAGCAUAAUGGCAGUGUCCAGCAGAUGGCAACCUAACAGCAAAAGAUGUACACAUUUCAUCACCUUUUUUUUUUUAUGUCAGAUUUGAUGGGUUAAAGGACCACAAAUGCAGUUGUUUUUUUCUUGAGAUUAAUGUCUGUUAGUAAUUCAUAGUUUAAAUUGGACCUGGGUAAAUUAAAUAUGUGAGACAUCAUGUUAAUAUUGCUCCUGUGCAGAAUUCAGUGCAACUAAACUAAGCUCAUAUUUAAGCUGUUUCCAAGUGUACAUUUGCCAAAGUCAUGCUCAUAUUCCUUUAACCAAGAUAACCAAAGGGCUCUUCUGGCUUCUUUUAAUGUCUUCAUAUCAGCCUUUUUUUUUUUUUUUUUUUUUGUCAUUCCAUAAAUAGCUCAAAUGAUAGCUGCAAAGACUACUGCUCAUGCAUCAAUCCAGUGUAAUAAUUCACAUUACUGCAUAGGUCUGUGUUUGACAGAUUUAAUGUAUUUGACCCAUUCCUGUUGCUUAGUGUAAUGCUCUAAAACACAUUCUUUGUAAUUCUUUAAUAUGACUGUUGGAUUUUCAUAGUGUUAGACAGUUUCCCACUAUAAUUCCUAUUUACAGCACUGUUGAAGUUGCCUAUUUCCCUCCAGCUGUUGUGAAUAUCUAAAAUGUAUGUUUAUGUUGAUUAUUUACCCUGGCUUUUGUCAUUGUCUUACAUGUAUUGUUAUCUGCCCUCAAUUUGUUAAUGAAGUUCUCACAAAUAUAGAUCUUGAACUGAU